ACCCUAACCCCAACUCCAUCCUGGACCUCGAACCCCAACUCCACCUCAGACCUGAACCCCAACUCCAUCCUGGACCCCGAACCCCAACUCCAUCCUGGACCCCGAACCCCAGCUCCAUCCUGGACCCCAACCCCAGCUCCACCUCAGACCCCGAACCCCAACUCCAUCCUGGACCCCGAACCCCAACUCCAUCCUGGACCCCGAACCCCAACUCCAUCCUGGACCCCGAACCUCAGCUCCAUCCUGGACCCCGGACCCCAGCUCCACCUCAGACCCCGAACCCCAGCUCCAUCCUGGACCCCGGACCCCAACUCCAUCCUGGACCCCGAACCCCAGCUCCAUCCUGGACCCCGGACCCCAGCUCCAUCCUGGACCCUGGACCCCAACUCCAUCCUGGACCCCGAACCCCAGCUCCACCUCAGACCCCGAACCCCAGCUCCAUCCUGGACCCCGGACCCCAACUCCAUCCUGGACCCCGAACCCCAACUCCAUCCUGGACCCCGAACCCCAACUCCAUCCUGGACCCCAACCACAGCUCCACCUCAGACCCCGAACCCCAACUCCAUCCUGGACCCCGAACCCCAACUCCAUCCUGGACCCCGAACCCCAACUCCAUCCUGGACCCCCAACCACAGCUCCACCUCAGACCCCGAACCCCAACUCCAUCCUGGACCCCGAACCCCAACUCCAUCCUGGACCCCGAACCCCAACUCCACCUCAGACCCCGAACCCCAGCUCCCUCCCCCGCCCCCCUCCACCCCCGGCCCCGGCCCGCGCCGUGCACUUACCCCGGCGCCCCCGGGCCGCGGCCCCGCGCUCCCCGCGCUCCCCGCGCUCCCCGCGCUCCCCGCCUCCAGCCUCGGCCUCUU